UCCACGCGUCACUCACUCUAGCCCUCUAUGUGUUCUGAGGCACACGAUGACCACUGGGCCUCCUGGGGCCCUGGACUUUGUCUGCAGACUUUGCCCUGCCUGGGCCAGCCGGGCUCUGGGUCAGCAUGGCUGGCUGCGUCUUGCUGCGCCGGGGCCUCCUCCUCGCCUUCACCCUCACCCUUGUCCUGCACCAGGCGGAGCUUUCAGUGUUUCUUCCGGCCUCGGAGGCACACAAAGUUCUGGUGAGAUGGAGACGUGCUGGUUCUUAUCUCCUGGAAGAAAUCUUCGAGGGCAACUUGGAAAAGGAAUGCUACGAGGAAAUCUGCAAGUACGAGGAAGCGAGAGAAGUGUUUGAAGAUGAUGUCUUGACUGAAAGAUUCUGGAAACAGUAUAAUGGUGGUUCUCCAUGCGUCUCCCAGCCCUGCCUCAACAACGGGAUAUGCAAGGACUACAUCCGCAAUUACAGCUGCAUGUGCUCCUCUGGCUAUGAGGGAAAGAACUGCGCCAUGGCUAAAAACGAAUGUCACCUGGAGAGGACCGACGGGUGCCAGCACUUCUGCCAUCCAGGGCUGUCCUCCUACGUGUGCAGCUGUGCAAAGGGCUACAAGCUGGGCACGGACCGCAAAUCAUGCAGUCCGAGUGACAAGUGUGCCUGUGGGGCCCUGACUUCUAAACACAUCAGGACACUGGAAAAAGACGGCCAGGAUCCACCUAGCUUCCCGUGGCAGGUCAAGUUAACAAAUUCCGAAGGAAAGGACUUCUGUGGUGGUGUUUUAAUCCAGGAGGACUUCGUGUUGACCACAGCAAAGUGCUCAUUACUACACAACAACAUUAGUGUCAAAGCAAAUGCUGGCCAGCGGAUUGGCAUCAAGAGCACUCACGUGCACAUGCGCUAUGAUGAGGAGUCAGGGGAGAAUGACCUCUCACUGCUGGAACUAGAGAAACCCUUGCAUUGCCCCAGCUCAGGGCUCCCUGUCUGUGUCCCAGAGAGGGACUUUGCCGAGCAUGUCCUCAUCCCUGGAACAGAGGGUCUCCUCAGCGGCUGGACCCUCAAUGGCACAGACCUGGAUACCACACCCAUGAGGCUUCCGGUCACACAGGAGGAUGGGGAGGAAUGUGGACAGACCCUGAAUGUGACUGUCACAACAAGAACAAGCUGUGAGAAGGGCGGCGUGGUGACUGGGCCUUGGGUGGAGGGGAGUGUGGUCACCCGAGAACACAAGGGGACCUGGUUCCUCACGGGGAUCCUGGGUUUGCCGCCACCAGGGCGGUCACACGUGUUCCUCCUCACCACAGUCCCAAGAUACUCGAUGUGGUUUAAACAGAUCAUGAAGUAACUGAAAUCCAACAACGUGGCUAAGAGGUGGUCAGAUUCUGUUAAGAUUGGAAGGCGAUGUCUCUUUCCUUGGGACUUUAAACUUCCCUUUAUUCUUAGGAAUUACACACACACACACACACACACACACACACACACACAAUGAAAUACAACCCCACUGCUGCCCCAUUCUGCUGCUCGCCUUGUAUUGCCCUCAUGUCUUUUUCUGAUGAACCAGUAAGUCCCAGUAGCGCUACCUGCCAUGCAUAUAUGCGUUACGAUGGGGAGUCGGGGGAGCCUGAGAAGCUGGCUCCAGCCACCUCUGGGUGUGGUGUGGGGCAGUCCACCGGAGUGUGCUCCCCCAGCAGUGCCAACUGCCAAUCGCGCCCCAGUAAGGAGUGGGGCAUGGAGCAUGACCCACGCACCCACCCCAUCGAGGGCAGAAUCUCGUCUGGCCUGACCUGGUGCAGUCUUGAACAGGUCACCACAGCAGCUGUGAGUCUGGAAGUGAACUCAUCAUGUAUGUCCGGAUUGAACGUCUCAUGGCGCUCCCCACCACUUUUCAGCUUGUAUAUUCUCCCUGCUUUCUCUUCCACAAAGUUCCCUGGGUGCGAGGUGAGGGGAGAGCUCAUUAGGAUACUCCAUUCAGUACUGAACCCUCUUCUCAGCCACCGGGACCAGUUAUGGAUCUUUGCAUUCAUUGCUGCCUAUUAUAAAAAGGAGCUUCUCCGGCCAAGCUGGAGAACAGUCCAGAUCUAUGGGUGUAAACACCAACACUUAGAAGACGAUUUUUAACACGCCUGUUUAGCAAAGCAACAAUGGCAGCUUCUACCCUAGGGCCUGGGACGGCCCCAGCCAGGAGCUUUUGGCCCAGAUUAGAGUUCCAAGCAUGAAAUCCUGCUGUGGAGCAGGACUUAAACUCAACCAGAAAGCAGUUCACUACCCCUCGGUAGCCAUGCCAUGACUGUGCCGGUGGGCACAUCUCGGUGGGCACGUCAGUGUUGGGGACUGGGGUCCAGCACCGGGUUGAGACCAUUGAUGCCUUCGCUCCGCUGCAGCGCACACAGCACCGUCCAGCACCAUGGAAGCUAGCUGGCAGGGAGUUUCCGUUAAAUAAAAUCAGUGUCAGUCAUAAACCAGCUGAGUUCCUGGGCGGUGAGGGGCUGUGAAUGCAUGUGGUUGUCACACGUGGUCUCCCACACUGGAACAGACAUCUCUGGGACAGAGGCAUCUCAGAAUUACCAGAGAGACAGCAAAGGCAGCCUAAUUCUGACUGUGCAUGGCCCAGUUGGGAGAGAGAAGCAGGGUUAGUAUUGGAAGACAACCGUGGGCCUCCUGAUAAGGCUGUUCUUAGACACUCUCAGCUCAGUCACGUGGUGAGUGAGGCUGUGCCUUGGUACCCUCAUCUCUGAGAGGAAUGUGACCCUGCCUUUUAGUGCCAGGACUUGAGAAGCCGAGAUAGGAAGCUCCCAAGUGUGGAGAUAGCCUAGGCUGCAGCGUAAGACCUUGUCUCAAAAUAUAAAUUAUAAGAGGCCAGACUAGUGUACCCCUAGACAAGAACUAGGUGUGAGCAUCUGAUGUUGAUGUAAACUAGCCACAGUAACAUAUGGGUCUGUGUCCAGAAACCACAACUCCACACAUAGGAUGCGAGACAGCAUACAAAGAUGCUACACGGAGGUCAUUUCUUUAACUGCCGGGUUCAACUAUUUAUCACUUUGAACAUCAGUGCUUGACUUGGGAUGUCACUUUUAAUAAACUACCUGGAGACACCUGAAAA